AUGACUGCGGACUGCCGAAAUACAAGCCUUGACUGUUCGAGAUUAACUGUUGAAACCUUUUCCAGAAACGUCGUACUGACGUACAAGACGCGGAGUGCAGCUUCGCUACCUGCGCCAGCCGUACUUCAGACGGCGGGGGCAGCGACGGUAGCAGGUACGGCAGCCGGCAGCGGGGGCAGUGGUGCUGGCGGUGACGCAGCCCCGGCGCUCACCAACCACCCUCUGGAGUACGAUCCAGUCACUAACGAGCACACCGCCAAGAUGACGAUGGCGCGUACGGCAGCUCUGGAGUACUACAAUAUUGGAAAGUACGCUCAGGCGGAGGCUAAAUUCCGCGAGGCUGUGGCAGAGGCGCAGUUGGGCUUCGAACCCCAAGAUCCGCACAUCGCCUCUGCGAAAAACAAUCUGGCGGAGUUCCUACGCAACACAGGCCGCUGGGACGAGGCGGAAGCGUUGUACAAGGAGGCUCUGGAACUGUUGGAGCGCAAUUUCGGCGAGAAACACUGGCUGUUCGUGGCGGCCCUGCAUAACCUGGCGCUCAGCUACGAGGCCCGGGGCGACCUGGCCGCCGCCCGAGCCAGCAUGGAGCGUGUUCUGGCUCUGCGGCUCUCCAUGUUCGGACCGCGCCACUUCUUGUACGCCGACUCGCUUUUUGCGCUGGGUCACAUGUUGCUGGCUGUACCGGGUCAGGGGACGGAGGGGCUGCGUAUGAUGGAGGAUGCGGUGCGGCUGCUGGAAGAAGCAGCUGGCGGCCGCCCCGACCUGGCGGCAUCCGCACUGCGCCGAGCCGUUGCGCACAUGGCGACAGACAGGAGUGAGGAGGCCGCCGCGGCGUCGGCACUCAAUGAGCAGCUGACGGAAGCCCUGGCGGCGGCGGGCCAGCCAGCGGCGGCGGCGGCGGCAGCGGAGGCGGCACUGGCGGCGCGAAGGAAGAUGUUCGGGGAGGAAGCGCUGGUGGUGGCGCAGAGUGAGAUGCGCGUGGCACAGCAGCAGCAUGCGGCUGCGGGCCCCGGUCCAGCACUGCGGGCGUUACAACACGCGGAGACUGCCGCCCGGAUCAGCGCCGCCAACGUGGAGGAGUGCAGCAGGGGAGGGCUGCUGUCGGGGCCGUCCCCGGAAAGGCUCCUGAAGCGGCUGCGGGCGGCUCACACGCUGGGCAGCGCCGCCAAGCUCGUGGCCACUCUGGCGGGAAUCUCACCCACGCGAAGGGGUUGGUCCUGGUGGCCAUUUGGCAGCAAAGAGGGCGCCAAGGCACCGCCCUCCUCGUCGCCAUCGCCGGCCGCCGGGGAGCCCUCGGGUCCCCGGCUGGCUUCGCAGGUGCCGCUGCCGCCGGCGGAGCCUGUGGCGGAGCUGGCGCUGGCGGACCGCCGGUUAGAGCAGGCGGCGGCGGCGCUUACGGGGGCAGCGCACGCGGGCAAGCAGCUGCUGCAGGCGGUGGGCUCCGGCCGGCGGCAGCUGCCUGCAGGCGUGACCGUAGACGAGCUGGCGGGUUUGCUGGUGGAGGUGCAGCUGCAGCUGCUGGAUGUGUUGGAGCGGCUGGGGCAGGUGUUGCAGGCGAGGGUGGCGGCGGGCCAGGGAGCGGCGGCCGGCGGCGGCGGCAGCGUAGAUGUGGUGGAGAGGCAUCGAAAGGUGCUGGAGCAGCAAGAGCGCGUGGCAGCGGAGUUGCUAGCUUGA